AUGCCAAGAGACAGAACCGUGUUUGGUGCGUCCUGCCACAGCCAAAUGGCACAGCACGGGAGGAGAGCUGCAGUGAACAGAAAGGAUAAAGCGCUUGUGCCAAGGAGCAGCAGUCCGAUCACUGUGUACGUGGAGCUCCCCUGCAUCAUUGAAGAAGCUUUUUCAACAAUCGCCUGGGAUGAUUUGGAGGACUGCGCAUCUGCAGUGAGGCGGGACAGUAACUCCCUGGGCUCUCAGGUGAAUGAAUCUGAUCUAGAUGACCAAGACUUUGGAGAUUAUGCGUUGGACUUCAUGGCAGAUUCUCCCACCACACUGGAGAGCAGUCUGUCUCCAGCUGAACUGGUCCCGUUUCAGGGAUGUGUCAUUCCUCCCCUCACCCCUCAGCCGGAGUUCUCUUCAGAGGAAAGUCUUAUCGACCCAUUCACCCAAGCUGCCAACCCACCUGCCCAGGAUGGAGCUCUGUGGCGGGACAUCGCCCAGUGUCAGGGCAGAGCUUUGGGACAGGCUGUGGAAGUCAACAAUCAGCUCAACGAGACUCUUUUCAGACGACAGGAAGAGUUUGACUCUCUGCAGGAGAGAAAUCUCCACCUCAGGCAACUGGCCAGUCGAGCGAAGCACUUGGCCUCAGUGCUUGAAAAACUGAUGACAGUCAGAGACCCAAAUGAACGAGAGCCAGUUCUGUCCUGUGGUGUUAAACCUUCUCUGAGUCCCUGCAAGCGUCAGCGUCUGGAUGAAGGGUAUGAGACCGAGUCGUCUGACUCAGUGGAGGACAUGCUCAGAGACAUCAGCACGCGCUGCAACGCUGUCCUGCACAGCUCUGCCACUGCAACGAGCACACAGCAGGAAUCGGAGACUGUGCGCAUGUUCGGUGCGUUCUCUGGCCUACAGACGUCUGUAUCCAAAGACACGAGCGUGAGGAGAGACGGAGCAGAGGCUGAGGAGAGUGUCUCAUCCUUCAGGACUUCUAUCAGAGAGCACAGCACCAUAAGGACUCAGGUGUUUCCUCAUGGACGAGCCUUCACCUCGAGGACUCAGCAGGGCGGAUACAGAUUCCGCUGGGUUCCCAACGACAGCUGA